CGAUCGCGCUGCCGACGAUCCCACUGCCAAGCCAGCCCGUCGCAGGGCAGACGCAUCGAUGGACAAUCCGCCAUACUCGAAGCCUGACUGGGGCCACUACCUCGUCGAUACGAUCAAGCAGAUCUCCGAGUUCACCUCGAGCGCACACUCGCUAUCGCCAGCAGAUCUCGAGUCCUUCAAGCAAGUCGUUGCUGCAGUUCUCUCACGCCUCUUUGAGGAGAUACGGCAGUCACCCACCGGAGUCAACGCACCUUCCAUCGCCUCGCUUACGGCUGCCCGAGUUGCUUUCUCGUUCAUCCCGGCGUUGCUCAGGGAGAUUCCCGAAAUCUUUUGCAUCAACACGGCUCCGGCCCUGAGCCAGAUCCCAACCCAGUCCGUCACCAAGUUCCUGACAUCGCUUCCCCUCAACCUCGACUCUCUCAUCAACGACAUCAAGCACGAUUGGGGCCAGCAGCUCCAGUUUGCUUCCCAGCGUUUCACCGAGUGGCUGAUUGUCGAGAUCCUUUCGCUGCUGUCGAGCGUUGCCCACAUUGCGACCAUCCGCGACCAGCUGGCCGAGUCUCUCGUGGUGCUGUUGCGGCAUGAGCGCAGGCGAGAGCCACCGUUCAUGUAUCAGUACCAGCAGCUUCUGACCGAUAUCGUGUACUUUAUACAAGAUAUUGUCCAAGCAUCAGCCAUCAAGCGAUAUCCACUUGAACUCAAGUUUUCUGCGUUCAAGGCCAACUAUAAACCAUCGGUAGCUCACAUGAUUCUCGUCGCCACCGAGGAAGAUGCCUUUUGCACGACUAUCGUUUUGCUCAAAAUCAUGACCAAGAUGGUGGCCAAGGCUUCCAAGGACACAGUCAUACCCCCCAAGGCGAUUUCAACCGUGCUGGCGCUCUGUCUCAGCAGGCUCUGCGACGCCGAGGUUCUUUCGACCAGUGUCGCCCUGGCCGAUGAGCUAUUCCGAAGCCCGAACCAGUACUAUUCAAAGUACGAUGUCUCCGACCUUGUCGUCACUGUUCUGGGACAGCUCUGCACAUACCUCCAGGAUCCCAGUGGCACGACAUCCGAUGACGAAUCCGCCAUGGUCGUGUGUUCUGAUCUACAGCUCGCGAAUCGCACGGCAAUCGAGACGGCGUACUCGGCGCUGCUGCAGACCAUCGUCAGCCGCUAUCGCGCCACCCCGGAUUUUUUCCCGAUCCUGGAUGUUGCCCACAUCGCUGUGAAGCUCAUCCAGCCGGCAACGUUCGCCACAAUCAGCGACCCCGCGCUGAAGAGGGGGCUAUUAGAACUUGCCUCGGUAUCACUCAAGAUCCAGUCGACAGAGUCAUCGAUACUGGAUGCGCUCAUGGAUUACUCGACCGCCCAAGAUAUCCACGGUGCGGCCGUGUCCUGUAUCGAUGCCAUAUUUGAAUAUGCCGGAAACCAGUCGCUCGGGACUCUCUGGACAAGUAGAAAGAGAAAGACGUUUGACGAAGCAGACGAAUCAAGUUUUCUUGUCGAGCGACUUGUUCAGAUUGCCAUUGAGGAGCUGCAUCAGAUCUUCAAAGUCCAGGACCAUGUUGGUGCAAAUCGUCUCUGUUCCAUCUAUUCGGUCCUGCGCACCCUCUCGCGCAAGUAUGGCUUUGCCUUUUCUGACAGCUCCUUUGAAUCGCUGAUUGAAAACCUUGCUCUCGAUUGGCUGGGCGAGCGAUCCCGCAACAACAGCCAUGCCGUUGAUCACUACUAUGUUGCAAUGUGCCAAGUGGUUUCGCUGCUCUCGAUCCAAGAUCCCAGCCUCUCUUGUAUUCCAAACUGCCGUCCACUCAUCACAGUCUUGCUUGCAAGUCCAUGGGCUCCGAGUUGUGAAUCGAUCGACGAGUUUGAAUGUAGAGCUGCAGAGCGGUUCCAGGAGGCAAUCGUACUGGUCAAGAAUGCCAUGGCUCAGCGAAAUGGUGGCUCGCGAUGCCUGGACGUCUUGCUGAAGCUGUCGCCGCAUCUUUCGGCAAACUGCCCCGAUUUGAUCCAGAAUGCGCUCCUGGCGUGUUCGACCAUCGCACUUGACGAGCUCACAGCCUUCUGCAUCAACACGUCGCUCUCGGGAGACUAUCCGACCAGUCUCCGGAUCGAGGCUUGGAAGUUGGUGCCUCAGAUAGCAAGCUACAUUUCCUCGUGGCAUCAGAACAAGCCCGAGAGCCUCAUCGCGCGAUUGCAGGUUACCGAAGCCGAUCCUCCCGAGAUCCUCGAAGCCGCUGCCUGCUUCGUGGGAUUUGUAUCCUGUGCUCAGUCAGCAUCGCUGGAGCAUCGACUCCCGAAUAUGGAGCCCGUGUGCUGUGUUUGCGACCAAGCCAACAGGAACCCAACCAGCCGAGACCCAGCCGGUGAUGACAGUGCCCGUCGCGUGUCCGUCGCUGUGAUGAGCCGAUUCAUGUUUCUUGGAAGCUGCGAACUUGGAUACUCCAAUAUCGCAACUCAGUUCCUCAAGUUGUCACUUCCGAGGGUCCUGGCCCACUGCUGCUCGGCGGAUCUCGUGAUUGCCGACUCGACGAUCGCCAGAAACAUCAUCUUUCCUGGGAUGGAAAGCGAUGCACGGACGUUGCGCCUCGCCGCAGGCAAUCUGCUGUCGUUUUUCUUGGAUGAAGCCCGAAUCAGCCCGAGCGAACUCGAAGCCAACAUUGAGCACAUCGGCAAUUCCUUUGAUGAUCUUGUUGCGUCCAAUCUGCCCGAUCGUAUCGAGACGCUCAUCCACACCCUUGGCAAGCUGGCCGAGCGAGCCAAUGAGGCGGUCCUCUACAUGACACUCAGUCGGCUUGUAUUGCUGCUGGGGACCGAGAAUCUGAUCAACAAGGGUGUGGUGAUUUGCAAGCUGGAAGAAGUGCGUCAGCGGCGAUCGACCACCAUGCAGAAGCUGUUCGAGCCAUUCCUGGCCCGGGUCGGAGACUCGCUUAUCCAAAAUAUUGCAGCGGACCCCGUGUCCCUCCGCGAGUUUGCUCAGAUCCUGGAUAUGUCCCAAAGAGACCUGUGUGUCAAGGCCCUCAAGCUGGCUCUACCCGCGCUGGUCAUACAGCAAAAUUCCGAAGGCAUCCGUGCACUGGCGCGUAUUCUCCGAUGCGAAAGCGUGCAGGCCAUGUGCAUCGACGAGCUGCACAACAUUCUCGCCGGGGCUUUGCUUUCCGACAAAUCGAAUGAGGCACUCGAUUUUCUUCGCUGUCACAUCUUUGACGCCAAGAAAAUCACCAUCGUCAAGAUGUUCCGAAGCUGCAACCAAGCGCUGGUCGUUGAGCUCUCCAUCGAGCUUGGGGACCCGCAGGAGGAAGUCCGGUCCAAGGCCCGGAGUGCACUGCAGGACGUGUAUAUCAACUCAUUCGACGACCAAGCCGACCCGAGCCAAGUGCUGGCCUUGAUACUCAGCCAGUAUUUUUUCGGUAUCAUCACCUCGAUCAACCACGGCAUCACAAGGGCAGAUACAGACAUCAAAUAUGCGAUCAAGCUUGUGCGUUCAUUCGAAGAGGUCAUUCGCAUCAUCGGCUACGGCAUUUACACCAAGUCUGCACAGGUCCUGGCUACCCUGCAAACCAUAACCGAGAUGCCAAACCUACGAUGCCAUGCGCUGUCGUGUUGGAGCACCUUCAUCAAGGCGCAGGAUGCCAAGCCACAGGGCGUCAAGAACCUCAAGCCCAUCCUGGGCCAGAUUGUCGCCGUUCUCUUGAGGAACUACUCCGAAUACACCGAAGGCGAGAAGCAGCAGAUUGUCGAGAUUAUGAAGUACCUCAUUGUUGAUCUUGGCAAGUCUCUCACGGAUGAAAUCCAAGAGCUCUACCUGCUUCCGGCCACGCCCGAGUUUGACUUUCUCAACCAGCAUCGGCUCCAGAUGUUCGAUUCGAUCGACGGACUGGCGCAAAACCUAACCCAGACCAUCAAUGGCAUCAGACAGGAAAACUCGGCAAUUGUCUACCAGGCGCUGUUGAAGCUCAGAGUCGUGCUCCUCGACAAUCGCGAGACAAUCCACACGCAAAUCAUGGCCGAGAGCAUCGAGCCCAUCUUGAACGACACCAUCAAGACCCUCCUCGACACCUGCCGACGGUACAACGGCACAGAGGAGGAGAUCCAGAUCCUGUCGUGCGAGUGUCUGGGCAUCAUAGGCGCCGUCGAUCCUGGCCGGGUUGAUAUUCCCAUGGCCAGUGACCCCACAGUCGUGAUCGAGAACUUUUACAACCAGGAGGAGUGCCACCGCUUCGCGUGCGACUUUAUCGAGCACUUUCUUGCGCCGGCGAUCCGCUCCAUGGGCAGCAGCAGCGCGCAGAGCUACUUCUCUUGCACGUUGCAGGAGCUCCUCAUGUUCUGCGGAUUCACUGCCCAGCUCGUGGAUGCCAGCGCCGAUAGAGUAGCGGAAGGGUCCAGCAAGGCGCUGCGGAAGCGCUGGGAUGCCUUCCCGGGACACAUGACGCCGAUUCUGAGACAAUUGCUCGGAACACACUGGAAAAUCACCACCGGCACGACUUCAGCGCCGGCCCAUCCAGUUUAUCCAUCCAGCGCCUCCUUCCAGGAAUGGGUGUCCACCUGGGCGCUGAGUCUUGUGGGUCAGGUCAACGGCAAUAACGCCAAGAGCUUCUUUGGCAACUGUCGAAACGUCAUCAAACCUGAGUACCACCACAUUGCUCUGCAUCUCCUACCCCAUAUCUGUCUCAACAUUGUCUCUGGGGGCACGUUGUCCGAACGAGAGGACAUCACUACCGAAAUCAUGUCGAUUUUGAACGACCAAGCACCCACAUCGAAUCCUCGUCUGAUCGAGAAGCGCGACCUCUGUGCCCAGUCCGUCUUCAUGGUGGUCGACCACAUGUCAACGUGGCUCCGAAUCAGGCGACGGAAUGCAGCCAAGCAAGGGGCCGUCCCACACCGGCGUGCGCGCAAAGGGAGCGAGUUCGAUGAUUCCACCAGUGCCUACGAUGAAAUGAUGGCCAACGUCGAUCAGUUCCUCAAGAGCAUUCCGCAGUCCCUGAUGGCCAUGACAGCAUAUCGAUGCAAGGCGUAUGCCCGAGCGAUCAUGCACUUUGAGCGACACAUGCGUAUAGAGCGGGACGGCGCAUCGAAGAGCACGCUGCAGGAAAUGUACACUUAUCUGCAAAAGAUCUAUGCCAAAAUCGACGAGCCCGAUGGAAUGGAAGGCAUUUCCAAGAAGGUGCUCCGACCCACACUGGAGCAGCAGAUUCUCGAGCACGAGUCGGCUGGACGAUGGACGUCGGCCCAGACAUGUUACGAGCUAUCGCUCAGAGAGAGCGACAGCUCAGAGAACAUUAACCUUCACAUUGGCCUCCUCAAGUGUCUGAAGAACAUGGAUCAUCUCGAAACCAUGAUGACGCUCAUCAAUGGGUCAUCGGCGAAGCACCCAGACUGGGAACCAGUGCUCAGCUCAUACGGAGUCGAGGCUGCCUGGCGACUUGGCGAUUGGGAAUCGCUUGAGUCAUUCUUGAGCAAGCCAACGCAGCAUCGGUUUGACGUCUCGCUCGGCAGGCUGUUGCUUGCCGCCGUCAAGAAGGACACGCCAACAUUUGAUCGCGAACUAAAGGCCAUCCGCAAGGAGAUUGCCGGCCCCCUCUCAGCAGCCAGCAUGGAGUCUUACAAGCGAGCCUAUGAGCACAUGGUCAAGCUCCACAUGGUCCACGAAGUCAAUACGCUCUACCAAAUCACGCAGUCGGACCGGACGCAGCUGGAAGCCCAGGAUCUCGAAAAGCUGAUGUCCGAAUGGCUUGUGCGAACCCAGAUCACGUCGCCCACGUUCAGCAUCCGCGAGUCGAUUCUGCAUCUGCGGCGGACACUGCUUGGAGAAUGCAGGCUCUUGGACGGAAAGUGCGACCGAUCGCUCGUCAACCUUGAGCGCGGCAAGCUGUGGCUCCAGACAGCUCGAGAGUCCCGCAAAGCUGGCUACUUCCAGCCGGCAUAUGCUGCAAUCCUCAACGCAUCCGAGCUCGAUGUACCCUUUGUGCAUCUGGAGAAGGGCAAAUUGCACUGGGUCAGGAAGGAGCCGCACAAGGCCAUCUAUGUUCUUCAACUUGGUCUCAAUUCCAUGAAGUCAGCGAAUUCACGCGACGGGCUGCCGCACGCAGCUGAUGUCAUCGAUCUCGACGACAUCACAAGCCAGGCACCCGACUCUCGUUCGACCAAACGAACCAUGGCAAAGACUCAGCUGCUUCUCAGCAAAUGGUCUGAGGAAACGGGCACCAUCUUGCCGGCCACCAUCAUCAAGCAGUAUAACUCGAUCAUCCAGAAGCAACCAGAGUGGGAAAAGAGCUACUUCUACCUCGGUCGGUACUACAACAAGUUGUAUGAAAGCGAGAAAAGCAGUUCGUCAACGAGGUCUCACGGCCAAACCUCAGGCCACCUCGUCGACAUUUGCAGAUACUAUGGCCGUGCAUUGAUGUGCGGCACAAAGUUCAUCUACCAAACCCUCCCGCGACUUCUAACCCUAUGGCUGGACUAUGGCGAGCAGUCCAGGGCACGCGAUGGCAGCGAGAUGGCCAGGUCGUUUGAAGCAACGAUCUCGAAUCUCAACAAAGUCAUUCAAGAGCUCCACAUGGCUCUUCCGGCUUACCAGUUCUUGACGGCGUUGCCCCAGCUGAUUUCGCGAAUCUGCCACCGGAACGUGUCUGUCCAUUCCAUUCUCGAAGCCAUCAUCGUCAAAGUCGUCAGCACAUACCCACACCAGGCGCUGUGGCACAUUGUGUCCAUGUCCAAGUCCAUCGACAAGAAUCGGUUUCAGCGCUGGGGAGAGCUUCUGAAGAGACUGAAGGAGGUGUCGCUCAACCAAAAUACUGCCCCGAAUCUGCAAGGAAUCUUGGCGGGUAGCUUGAAGCUGACAGAUCAGCUCCUGGGGCUCUGUAACCACACCAUCGCCAAGGGAGAAAACACCCUCAGUAUCUCAAGGCAUUUCAGGGAGCUCCAGCGCUUGGUCCCGUUAAAUGUGAUGAUUCCGCUUCAAUCAACCCUCACAGUCACCCUGCCGACGAGCAACACUGUGCUCCAUCAUCAUCAGCCCUUUCCAAAUGAGUACCCCGUCAUCGAUUCCUUCCACGAUGAAGUCGAGAUCAUGUCGUCGUUGCAGCGUCCCCGCAAAAUCACGAUGGGUGGAUCAGAUGGCAAGGCAUAUAUUUUCCUAUGCAAGCCCAAGGAUGAUCUCCGCAAGGACUGCCGGCUGAUGGAGUUCAACACCAUGAUCAACAAACUGCUCAAGAAGAACCCAGACUCUCGCCGUCGUGGCUUGCACAUUCGCACAUACGCUGUCGUGCCUCUGAACGAGGAAUGCGGCUUGAUCGAGUGGGUCAACAACACCGUUGGAUUUCGCCACAUCGUAUCCAAGUCAUACAAGUCCAAGAACAUCUGGAUGGCGCCCGUGGAGGUCAAGAAAAAGCUGGACCAAAAAGACGUCGACAUCGUCAAGGUGUUUACGAACGAAAUCCUGCCGAGACACCCGCCCGUCUUCUACGAGUGGUUCCUUGAAACAUUUACUGAGCCAACGCGGUGGUUCUCGAGUCGGCUGGCCUAUACAACCACCACAGCGGUCAUGAGCAUGGUUGGCUACGUAGUUGGACUUGGCGACAGGCACGGCGAAAACAUCCUCUUUGAUGAAACCUGCGGCGAUCUGGUGCAUGUGGACUUUAACUGUCUCUUUGAGAAAGGCACCACCUUCGAGAAGCCCGAGAAGGUUCCCUUUCGACUAACCCACAACAUGGUUGAUGCCUUUGGCGUCACCGGCGUCGAGGGGGCAUUCCGCAAGAGCUGCGAGGUCACCAUGGGCGUCCUCCGAGACAACCGAGACUCGCUCAUGUCUGUUCUGGAGACCUUCAUCCACGAUCCGCUCUGCGAGUGGAGCAAGCGGCGGGGGUCGAGCACGGUCGAGGGUGAAAACCAGCUGGCGAUAAGGAGCCUGCAGACAAUCGACCGCAAGCUGCAAGGGCAGGCGCUGUCGACCCUGCCGCUGUCUGUCGAGGGCCAGGUACACGAGCUUAUCAACCAAGCCACGGAUCUGAACAACCUGGCGGCGAUGUAUGUUGGGUGGGCGUCGUUCAUGUAAUGGUACACCUUGCGCAGAAGAAAGAGGGACAACACCCGCUCUCGCCGCAUCCGAGGUUGGAUGGCCAUGUGUCUCAUGGAACAAUGGAGGGUGCUGUGCAGAGCCUGCGAUGACGCCUUCAAACGUGUGCAGAGCCCCCGCGAAGCACCACCCCGAGAAGAUACCGGGUAUCACAUCGCCG